AUGAUGGAGAUGUGCAUCGAGUUACAAGAUCUAGACGGCGUUGUAUAUCGAGAGUUCCGUUUCAAAUUCGGCAUGCAGGUACUUGUUUUUGUGAACUUAGCAAUUAUUAAAUGUGUUUUUAGGAUACGUUGGAUCACUUAAAUGGAGUAAUUGAAUCGACGUGGAAUAUCGCCCAGAAAUAUCAAGAGCUGUUCUCUGAAGACGGCAGAAAGCUUAUCGGAUUCGGAGAAGACAGUCUUCAGUCUUUGGGAUUGAAACAUCGCUCCAAAGUGAUUUUUGUAAGUUGUUAUUUUAUCUUUAGAAAUUUUUUAUUGUUUAUACAGCUAGAGAAUUAACUUUCUGGCUCAUUGUGAUAUUGUUAACAAUUCAAAGGCAGACAGAUAAUCAGACAACUGUAAUUCAGAUAGUGAAAUUUAAAACUGGAACAAAUCAAUAUUUUACACCAUUUUGAAAUUUUCAUUUUUUUAGAGACACGCUCGUCUGGGUACAUGGAGUGAAUACCUCGCGUAUUGUAAACUUUUUCAAUGAUACGAAGAAUGCAAAGCCCGAGCGAACAAAGUUUGCUCAUCAAGCAAUCGCAUGUUCAAAAAGCGCUGGAAGAUUCUGGAUUUCUCAUCGUUUAUGCCUCUUUUUGGUCCACAGUGGAGAGAUACUAUCAGUCCAAUGAUGAGGUUUGUUAGUUAAUUCAAACUGUUUGAACAAAAAAAUUGAUGAAAUAAGAAUUUUUCAUAUUUCAGAUUCGUGGACAGAACGCAAAGUGCGUUAAAGCAAAGCGCUACAACAUUUUUUUCCCAGAAGUAUCCCAACGCUAA